AUCCAACAACCCAUCUGCUCGAGCCAUACUGAAUAUACUCGACCCGCCACUGAGGUCAAGAAACAAAUUCGAAAAACCAGAAUAAACAAACAACCAAACCAGAAUCCACAGACAACCUGCUCGAGCAAAAUGAAUAUACUCAACCCGCCAAAGAGGUCGAAAAAGACAAAUUCGACAAACCAGAAUCAACAAACAACCAAACCAGAAUCCAUAAACAACCUGCUCGAGCAAAAUGAAUAUAUUCGACUCGCCAAAGAGUCUGGUCGAGACCACGUGACUCACCCUGGCCAGAGCCAAUCGACUAACCAUUCCCCACGGCGUGCAACACCACCUCCUCCGGUCACGAAUGCCACGAACUUUCUUCAAAAUCCGGAGUUUAUAGCUAGAGCCAUGCCCAGGAACUCGAGUACGGUACCGCUGUCGAUGCCGUUAACUACUAACCCAACAGAACAUCCAGCCCACACUCAUCAUGACCAUGAAACACAUGUAGCGACAUCACAUGCUACGUCGCAGCCUCAUCAUACUUCUCCACGUCAAGAAGAGCAGGCUCAUAUAAUUGCUAAUCCUGUAACGAACAAUCAAGUUCCGAAUCAGCCCCCUGUACAGGAGAUGACUGCUGAAAGUCAUUCUGCCUAUCACCAGAGAAUUUGCCACGUCCCAGGCCCAUUUCGUCAGCACCUCAUGUUCGCGAAGAUUUGCGACGCCAAAUUGAACGGAAUCGUCUUUCAAGACAUAGUGCGGAGGAAAUUGAAACUCUCCGUAAACGUUUGGCUGAACUUGAAACGCGACAGAAGUCACAAGAAGAUUCACCCCGACAUGUCACGAC